AUUCCAUUUGAUUCUUGCUUCCGCCAAAUCCAAUCCCAGCACGUAGCUAGAUCAAGAUCAACCAAAGCGAAUCCAGUGAGUGUCAGAGCUCCAUUUCCAUCUCCACCUCGACCAAGAAGAAACGGGAGCAGCAAUGGCGGGCGUUGGGCGUAACAUGGUGGCGCCGCUGCUGGUGCUGAACCUCAUCAUGUACAUCAUCGUCAUAGGGUUCGCGAGCUGGAACCUCAACCACUUCAUCAACGGCCUCACCAACCGCCCCGGCGUCGGCGGCAACGGCGCCACCUUCUACUUCCUCGUCUUCGCCAUCCUCGCCGGGGUCGUGGGCGCCGCAUCCAAGCUCGCCGGCGUGCACCACGUCCGCACCUGGCGCGGCGACAGCCUCGCCACCUCCGCGUCCUCCUCGCUGGUGGCCUGGGCGAUCACCGCCUUGGCGUUCGGGCUGGCGUGCAAGGAGAUCCACAUCGGCGGGUACCGAGGGUGGCGCCUCCGGGUGCUGGAGGCGUUCGUGAUUGUUCUCAUGUUCACGCAGCUGCUGUACGUGCUGGCGCUGCACUCGGGCCUCUUCGGGAACCAGUUCGGUGGUAACCAUGGUGGUGGGUAUCCGGCGGAGCACGCGUACGGCGCAGGCGUCGGCGACCCGCACAACAAGGGCAUGGGCAUGGGCACCGGCGGGGUCGCCAGGGUCUGAGCUGAUGAUCGAUCUUGUAUGCAUACGUGGCGUUGGUGUGUGUUGUGUUCAUACAUGGUUGCAGACAUGUACCAUGUACUACCAUGUACUAGUGCACGGAUGAAGUUUAAUUCACUAGUAGUAUGAUCGACCAAUUUGCUUCUUCAGUUUGUGGUGUGCAAGUGCAGUGAUGUCAACUGUUUUAUCUUCA